AUGUCCUACAAUCCAUUCCAGAAUGCACCUGGUUAUCCACAGCCGACCCAAAUCGUUCCGGUCGGUCAACCAGCAGUUGUAGCCCCUCCACCAGUGGUAAUGCCACCUCCAGUCAUUAUGCCUCCUCCACCACCAGUUGUAUAUUAUCCACCUCCAAUGAUGUAUCCGAAUAAUGCACCCGGUUAUCCGCAAAUGCCCACUGAAAUCGUUCCGGUCGGUCCACCAGCGAUUGUAGCCCCUCCACCAGUGGUAAUGCCACCUCAAGUUAUUAUGCCACCUCCACCGCCGGUCGUAUAUUAUCCACCUCCAAUGAUGUAUCCGAAUGUAAGAUUUUGA